UGAUAUUUUAACUUUACAAAUCCUUUGGUGAUUCAUGUGCUGUAGCACUAUAAAAUCGUGGAACUCCACUCACACAACAAUUCUCUCCACACACAUAACUAACCUCUUCUUUCAACGCCAAACAAAAAAAUCCUUGUUUAUUACAAUAAUGCCCAAACACCCAGUUGCAGACGCCGACGAGAAGAGCCCCUUCGGCUCACUGACUCCCGACGAGUUCUACGCUCGUCACUCUGUCGCUCACUCCUCCGAGUACAUCACCAACUCACGCGGCAUGAAGCUCUUCACUCAGUGGUGGACCCCGCUCCCUCCCAUCAAAACCAUCGGUAUCCUCUGCGUUGUCCAUGGUUAUACCGGCGAGUCCAGCUGGACUGUCCAGCUUUCCUCGAUUCUCUUUGCCAAAUCAGGCUUUGUCACAUGUGCCAUCGACCACCAAGGUCACGGCUUCUCAGAAGGACUCCAGGCACACAUUCCUGACCUUAAUCCUGUCGUUGACGACGCAAUUUCGUUCUUCGAUUCUUUCCGUGCGAAACACGCGCCUGACUUGCCGGCUUUUCUGUACGCCGAGUCACUAGGUGGCGCCAUCUCGCUUUACAUUACCCUCCGUCAGAAGGGCCAUUGGAGUGGUUUGGUUUUGAACGGCGCGAUGUGCGGAAUAAGCGAUAAGUUCAAGCCGCCGUGGCCGUUAGAGCAUUUGCUCUCAGUAGUAGCAUGGCUAGUCCCCACCUGGCACGUGGUACCCACCCGUGGAACCAUAGUAGACGUAUCCUUCAAAGAGGAGUGGAAGAGGAAACUGGCUGCGGCGAGUCCAAGGAGACCGACGACAAGGCCCCGCGCGGCAACAGCGCUGGAGUUGAUACGUGUGUGCAGAGACCUGCAGGGAAAGUUCGAGGAGGUUGAGGUACCAUUGCUGAUAUGCCACGGCCGCGAGGACAUCGUGUGCGACCCCGCCUGUGUGGAGGAUUUGUACAGACGCGCCUCGAGUGUACAUAAGACAUUGAAGAUUUAUCCGGGCAUGUGGCAUCAGCUGGUUGGGGAGCCGGAGGAAAGCGUUGAGUUGGUUUUCGGGGAUAUGGUGGAGUGGCUUAGGGCGAGAGCUAUAAGCGCUUGUAAGGAGGGGUGAGGUACACGCGCAGUGUUCUAGACGGUGGCGCGUUGUGUUGAAAGGGGUUUGUGUUUCAAUAAGACUUUCUUCGAAAGAAAAGAGAAAAAAAUUAAUGCGAGUAGAAACAUAUUUAAUGUUGAUUGUGGCAUUGUAAAAUAAGGGGAAUUAUAAUAAAUGGUUAAAUUAUCCUUUUAUUAA